AACUUGGUGGAGGAAUCUGCAGCAAUAAACAGAGCAGGAUCAAAUGCGCCCAGCCGGUGGGACCAUCGUUGGUUUGAGUCUCAUCUCGCAAAUAAAACCUGCCCUCUCGCUGGCGAUUCUUCCUUCCUCCUUACUAUGACCAACAACACUUCGCAUAGGGUAUGGUUUCCAUUCGCCAGUUCUAUCUCUUUGACAAACGCUGUAUCAACCUGACUGAAGGGCACGUAUCCCAGUUGCAAUUAACAGCACCACCAUGUCAACUACCAAUCCAACCCCCUUUGGCUUUUUGAGCACAGAAAACCUGUGAGUCAGUUGUAUCCCCCCGUCUUUACACAUUAUGCCAAUAGUUCUGUCCACGACUUUUAGGCAUACUUACGAACUAAAACCAUAUGUUUUGAAUGUCAUGCGUUCGAUACUCCUUGUUUCGUACGCUACAGGAUGUCUGGUUUUGUUGAUCGUCGCCAACGCACUUAUUUGCGGUUAUCUUAUGCUUCUGAGAUUUCGGCAAGCACUUGACAAAUGGUCGAUCGUCUUAUUGUUUCUCUAUCGAGACCCCAUGGUGAUUUGGAGGGGUUCCCAAUCAUGGACUGCUUGGAAUCUCUUUCAAGUCAGGACAGUGUUGCGAUCACCCGAAGGCAAACCCUAUACGUUGGAGUGCCCUAUAUGUUUCGAAGAAAUGGACACAGAGCGGGCCCCAACGACUGGCGCACCAUGCGGCCAUGUUCUUUGUCAAGUGUGUCGGGCUCAGAUCGUAAAGUAUGCUCGAAAUGGACCAACCUGCCACGCUUGCCGUAUGCCUUAUGAUAGUCCGGAAACGUCGGGCUAACCUGAGCCCUUACACCGAUGUAUUAGCAUACUCAGGUGGCCUGACUGCGUCACCCGAACUCAUUCUUCGCUGUUCGUCGCAUGUAAAGUAAAUCUAAUAAGGAGCUAGAAUUGAUGAA